AUGGCUCGCCGUGGGAAAGGCAGAGAUGAUGAGUCAGAGAAGUCUCGAGAACGUGGAAGGUUCAUGGGGGAGCCUGUCGUUGCACCCGAAGCAGAACAAACUGUCAACAAGGAACCGAAAAGAUCCCGCGGUCCAGGUGCGAAGGCCGCCCCCGCCAAGCCCAAGAAGAAGGGCACUAAGCCGAAGGCAGACGAAGACUCCCGAACUGGCAACCGCCGGAUCAACACUGACACCUACAAGAGUCAGAGGGCCGUGAAAGAUUUUGUGGAUUGCCAUUUCGUGGAUUGGAUUGUGGCAUGCGAUCCAACAUAUCUACCCAGGGAUGUGUUCCAGUACGAGAAGCGCAGCCGGGAAGAGAAGCAAGAGGUCUUGGAUGGGGCAACCGACCAGUACAACCGUCGCAACAAGCCGGCAGAAUCGACGGGCUGGUCUUCUGCCGAGAUCCACAAGUACAUGCAGUGGCAGCUUGACCUUUAUUCCAAGGGAAAGCUGAAGAAGAGUCAGGUGGGAGGAUACGCUUGGAAGCUCCCCAAGCGAGACCCCAACGGUCAGCCACCUCCGCUUCCAGAAGAAGUUCUGGAAUUUCACAAGAAGAAAAAGAAUGCCAAAAAGGAGGACGAGACAGAGGAGGAGGACGAGGGCGACGACGAGGAAUAUUCCGUGGAGGUGUCCAAAAGCGGCAAGAUUUCCCUUGUGGAGAACGAGAGCGGGAGAAAGGUGGCUUUGCCAGCUUUGACAAAGAAGGGGAAGGACUACUUCGUCUACUACUCAGACAAGGACGACCAGUGGGUGUUGGGCGGUGGCAAUCCGGAUGACUGUGAACCAGAAUUUUGUGAAGUCAUCUUUGGCCGUGACAAGCCUGACAAGACCGACGUGGCGAAGCGGAAGCCGGGUGACAAGGCGAAGGGUGACUCUGGACCGUCUGGAGACCGAGAUCAUGGAAUUGCCAGCAAGCCACGAGUCAUGAAGGGGAUGGCCCUCUUCAACCUGGAGCACGCACCAGCAGCCACGCAGGAAAGUGAGAAGGAUGAGGCUGAGGAGGAACCCGAUGGUGAGCCAGAUCUACGUCCACACAUUGAGUUUUUGAAGCCUGCAGUAAAGGACGGAGAAGACAAGAUGGCUUUGCUCACCUCGCCCAAGGACGGAUUGGAGCUCUUACUGCCUCCAGGAAAGGAGUGGAAGCUGUCGAAUGUGACCACGGCUGGUGGGAAUGAAGAAACCAUGCUCGUUUGCACUUCCGACCAAUCAGUCAAGAAGCGCUAUGUUUACCAAGCCAUGAAGAGCAGCCAGGCCAAACCCAUUGGCACGGCAUUGAAGGGGCUGGAGUCAGCAAAAGAACCGGACAGCUACGUUCCGUCAGGGCGCAAGACCAUCAAGCAACCUCCCACUCCAGAGAGAUCUACUCGCCCAGUCCCGAAGCCGCUGCCAGAGGCAAAAGACGCAGCAAAGGAGGAGGAGCCGCUUGAAAGGGAAUUGGAAGCAAUCGAGAAAGCCAGCAACGUCAAGGGUGACCCAGACAAGAAGAAAGCCAAGACCAGUGAUGCAGAUCCUGGGGACAAUGACAAGUCCGAGUCGAAGGUUAAGAGCGGUGAUUCCGGGGACAAGGCCAAGGAGAAGACCCUGAAGAGUGACGCGGACACGGAAAAGGUGAAGGGGAAAAGCGGCGAUGGAGACUCUGGGGACAAGAAGAAGGAGAAGAGUGGCGAUGGCGGGGACAAGACGAAGGGGAAGAGCUCAGGCUCAGGUGCAAACAAGGACAAGGCCAAGGACGGCGACAGCAUGGAUGUGUCCUGA